UAUAUAUAUAUAUAUAUGGAGGUAUAUAUUUUGUAAUUGUAAAAGGAAAGGCGAAAAAAACCCAACAACGCAACCGUUACAAAAGCGAUAACCAUAAAAUCACCAAAAUUCGAUAGCAAACAAACAAAUUGCUUAUUUCCGAACAAACUAAAAAAACGCAAAACGCAAAAAUCCACAAACCCAAUUUUAGGUAUUAACAAACGCCGAAUCGAAGCGAAGGGAACCGAACUAAAUGAAUCUAUAACAAUAUAUCGAACUAUAUAUAUCGAACUGUAACUGAAUCAAUUUGCUCAAGCUCAAGAGGAAGAUCGUGAGAAAGAGAGGACCCUUCUAAUUGCCACAUUCUGGAGGAAAAAACUGUAGCUCAAAUUAAGGCUAAAAAGAUGAUGACCCCGUAUCUGACCAAGCUGAAGCAGCUAAGCCAUCGCCGCAAAAUGCACAAUCUAAGUCUUAGUUUGGGCCAGCAUUUAAGCCAACUGGAGCGACUAGAUCGAGAGCUGGCACUGGCCCGGCAACAGGAGACCGAGUUCUAUGCAAAACUGGAAGCGAUGGAGAGUGAGAAGAAGAUUGCAAUGGUGAAAGAUCAUGAGAUGGAGGUGGAGGUGGAAGUGGAGGCUGAGGAGGCUGAGAUAGAGGCAGACACGGAAACGGAGGAGAUGGAGGGACCUAGCAGUGAUACCUCCAGUAGUAGAAGUACCAGUGCCAGUACAACCAGCACCAGCGGCGAUCAUCAGGGGCAGGGACAUGGCCCUGGAAUUGGGUUUGAUCAAUUAAAAUUGGACCAAGCCCAAAUCCAAGUCCAUUGCGCCGAUGAACCUGCUCCGGGAGAAUCGGGCGAUUGCCUGGACAUCAAGAAGUCGGGCAUCAAAUGCCAGACUAAUGUCCUCAAGCUGGUGGAGAAGGAUUCCGAGCAGCCAAUACUCCGGGAGGUCCCGUCUCUUCUAGAGUGUGCGGAAGAGGAUUUCCCCUUGCCCACGGCCAAGGCCAUUCGUUUGGCCUCCAAAUCCAAGCUAAAUGCCGAAGCUGCUGCCUAUGAGAUGCCACAAUAUAGUGCCUCCGAUCCAGGAUUAGGUCCAGUUCAUUCACAAUCAUCACAAUUUCGUCUGAAUGCCAAGGCAGCCGUAUUUAAGCCAUCCAUGGAGAAUUUGGAUGAUUUCUGCACGGAUCUGCCGACAUCGGGAACUAUAGCAGCUGCUGCAGCCGGUGCCGAGGCCACAUAUCAAUUGUUAAUGCGCCAAUUGAGUAUGCUUCAACAGCCAUCAGAUCCAUUGGCGCAUAUACAUCCAGUUCGUCCCUAUCCACAUCAUCAUCAUCAUUCGCAUUCACAUUCGCAUUCGCAUACGCAUCUGCUGCAGCAUCCUCAUCACCAUGGCCAGUCACAUUCACGGGGACAUCUGAUACCACAUCCUAGGGAUCAUCUGCUACCUACUCCCUCACAGAUCCCGCCUCAUGUACAUUAUCAUUCCCAUAAUCCUCAUGGGGCAGCCUCUCAAAGCCUGCUAGGUGCACCGCCAUCAUUAUCGGCACAGCAUCGCAAUGCCAGCAAGCAGCAGCAGCAUCAGCAUCAGCAACAUGAGCAACAUCAGCACCAGCAGCAGCAUCAGCAUCAGUUGCGCAGUCGCAAGGAACCGCUUCCAGAUCUAUUUCCAGAGGUUUUAACUCUAAUGGGUGAGCUCUUGCGGCCAGUUAGCUAUCCAGAGAUUGUCAAUAUACUGGCCGCCCGCCUGCAUCGUCCGGUGGUGGAGCUGAAGCGUCAUAUUCCUCAUACCCUGCAUGCUGCCGUCAUCCAUGGUUAUAUGAGUAAGGAGGGCAACCGUUACAGCUUACUCUCGGAGGACGAGCAUAUGGCUAUUAAGAGGCGCAAUCAUGAGGCUGCCCAGCGGGCCAAGGAGCUAGAGAAGGAGCCGUUGUCGUGGCGGAAACGUUAAGCCAUAAUCAUUAUACAACGGAUGGCUGUUCGGGCAUCCAAAUAUAGCAGCAACACUAGGACAAAUAUCCCUAUAGCAUCUAUAUAUAUAUAUAUAUCUCUAUAUAUAUA